AUGGUUUUGGAGGGUAGCUCGGAGGCGCUGUGUCCCCCCCCAUCUCUGGAGCUGCGCCCAUCCUGCAACAAGAGCCAGCCCUCGCCUCUCCUAGGCUCCAGUUCUCGUCUGGACGGAGUCUUUCCUGAAGACCGCGAGCCCGUCACCUAUGGCGAACUCAUCGUCUUGGGGCACAAUGGCUCACUUGCCAGCGGGGACAAAGGUCGCAGGAGAAGCCGUCUGGCCCUUUAUAAGAGACCCAAAGCCAACGGGGUCAAACCUGACGUCAUCCACAACAUCUCAACGCCUCUGGUGUCGAAGGCACUUAGCAACAAAAGCCAGCACAGCAUCUCGUACACACUUUCUCGCAGCCACUCCGUUAUUGUGGAGUACACGCAUGACACCAACACAGACAUGUUUCAGAUCGGGCGCUCCACAGAGAGCAUGAUUGACUUUGUGGUGACGGACACUUCCGGCGGGGGCGGUGGAUGCGCCGCCGGAGAGGGGGGCGGAGGUCAGUCGGCGCAGAGCACCAUCUCUCGCUACGCCUGCCGCAUCAUGUGUGAGCGCAACGCCCCCUACACGGCUCGCAUUUACGCCGCGGGUUUCGACUCUUCGAAAAACAUCUUCCUAGGGGAACGGGCAGCCAAGUGGAGGACUUCGGACGGCCUGAUGGAUGGCCUGACCACCAACGGGGUGCUGGUCAUGCACCCGGCGGGGGAGUUUGUUUCCGAGCCGGCUCCGGGUGUCUGGAGGGAAAUCUCCGUCUGCGGCAACGUCUUCGCCCUGAGGGAGACCCGCUCGGCCCAACAGAGGGGCAAGUUGGUUGACAACGAGUCCAACACCCUGCAGGACGGCUCCCUGAUCGACCUUUGCGGUGCCACGCUUCUGUGGCGGACUCCCGCCGGCCUACGCCACACGCCUACUCUGAAGCAGCUAGAGUCCCUUCGCCAGGAGCUGAACGCCGCCCGACCCCAGUGCCCCGUGGGUUUCAACACUCUGGCCUUCCCCAGCCUGGCGCAGCGCGAGAUUGUGGACAAGAAGCAGCCGUGGGUGUACGUCAACUGCGGCCACGUGCACGGCUACCACAACUGGGGGUACCGCAAGGAAAAGAGCCCCGCUGGGCCGGGAGGCACUGUGCCGGCCGCCACCGGGGAGCGGGAGUGCCCCAUGUGCCGGCGGGUGGGCCCCUACGUGCCGCUGUGGCUGGGCUGCGAGGGCGGCUUGUAUCUGGACGCGGGGGCGCCCACUCACGCCUUCUGCCCGUGCGGUCACGUUUGCUCCCAAAAGACGGCGGUGGGAUGGAGUCAGAUCCCGCUACCGCACGGGACACACGCCUUUCACGCCGCCUGCCCCUUCUGCGGGACCUGGUUGACGGGCGAGCAAGGCCACAUUAAACUCAUCUUCCAGGGCCCCGUCGACUGA